GUCCGCCAUUUUGGCGGGGGAGUGGGGGUAGGGUGAGGAGGCAAAGAGAAACGGCGAUUGGCCGUUGCCGGAGCAACGCAUCCCCCUCGCGUCCAAUCGUGCUCUGGAGAAUCUCGUGGCUGGCAACUCGCGAAGGGGGUGGAAGAGCCGGCCGGUGGAAGAGAGAGUACGACGCCUCGUCGAGUACGAGGGUGUUCGCGAGGGUGCUCUCGCUGCUGCUACUAUACUAGGCUACCACUACUACCACUACUACCGUUACCACUAUCGCACUAAGCGUAUCCUGGUACGCUAGCUACAUAGGCCGCUAGCUACGGUGGUACACCGAUACUACUCUCCUCCACGCCUCUCCUCGUCUGCUCCUCCUCGCUGCUCCCCGCGCGGACUCACCGGGAUAACUGCAUUUCGCGGACAGAAUCCCACAAGAACUCACGGCGAGCGGUCGCCCCUCUGCGCCACGGCCGACACUCUUCGUCGUCGUAUCGUAUCCCAUCGGUUUUCGACUUUUCCCUUCCGCGUAAACGUUCCCGUCCGACGCACGACGUUCCCGAUAAGAAUAUAUACGAAAGCAAAGGAAAAGAAGUCAAGUCCGCUCGUCACGCGUCAUCCUUCGCUACGUCCUUUCCGUCCGCAACCUUCUCGACACAUCGUAUCUAUAAGUCGUUAAGGUCUUCCACGAGAAGCGACUUCUUUCAAACUCGUGCUAAUUCUUCUCAAACAUUCGGUCAAAGAUUAUUUUAAUUUUCAAGGCCGCCAACCAGCACCACGACCCCUUCCUUCUCCUCCUCGACCUCCACCGCUUCUCUCCUCCGUCCCAAUCUCUUCCGCUCGUUCGCCCUCCUAAUUGGAUCCAAGAGAUAAUAAGAUUUGAAUUUCGAAUCGGGGUCAUAUCGCGAUAAACCGACCGCGUUUCCCGUAGACGUUGAGAUCCAACGUUCUCUCUCUCUCUCUUCUUCUUCUUCUUCUUCCUCUUCUUCUUUUUCUUCUUCUUCUUCUUCUUCUUCUCCUCCUCCUUCUCCUCCUCCUUCUCCUCUUUCUCCUUCUCCUCCUACUUCUCCUCCUUUUUCAAUAUCAACUUGAAAUACAAAUAAGAAAUGAAAACAACUUUUUCCUCCAGUCAUUCGUAAACUCGUCGGUCUAUACGUGUACGCCGUCGUAUCGAAGUUACCAAAACGUUGCGAGGUCAUAAGACGAUCAUACACGGAACUCGAACGACGCCAACGACGUUUUAUAUCAAGAAUAGAAAAGCAAGGAGUUACAGUGAUAAUAAGCGACAGUGAAAUAAGGAGGGAACGCGAGAGCAACGUCCGAAAGGUGGUAUUGUGUUAGAGUACGGGAAAUAGGGGAAAAAGCCUUUCAUCGUCUGGAGUGCCAAAUGCCGAAGAGGAAAUAAUUGAAAGGAGAAGUUAUUAAAAACGCAAAGGAGAAGAAAGAAGGUUCAAGUUCCUAAUAGUAUCCUAUAUAUCGAGGAAUAACAAUAUUAACAAAAAUCGGACUACUGGUUCGCGCGUCCAAAAAAGACAAAGGCAUGCAGUGGUAGAUAGGAAAGGGGUGUCAGGUGGUGAUAAUCGUUGCAAGAGCUCUCGAAGGAGCUCGGUAAGGUCGUCCCCGGCAUCACCCUGGCUAACGACCUGUCCGGAGGUAGCGGUGGUCCCGGUGCGGCCGGCGUCGGCACCGUCGGUGGGACCGUCGGUGGGACAUCCGUCGGCGGCGGCGCCGGCGGCACUGCCGGUGGUGGUGGCGGUUCGUCGCUACCGACGACCGCCCUUAGCCUCGAUCAUCAGCAAUUCAAUAUAUUCCCGGCUAUAUUUAGCCGGCAAUUAAACUUUUCUGCCAACUGCGGUCAGAACAAGCUGAUGGACGAGCUAAGGCCGAAUCUCGGCCUCCUCGGAGUUGGUCUAGUCGAAAACGACAGCUUCCAUUUGAAUCACAAUCAAGAAAAGAGGAAGUGUAGCAGCGCGAGCUCGAACGAACAGGACUUUGGGCUCUACGGGGUGCAUCAGGGCCUCGAAGCUAGUCCGCCGACGCCUGCGGCUACACCGGGAAGAAGCAGCGUGGGGGCCACUACUACCGUCGGAGCCGAAGGAGCUUUUAAAAAAUUAAAACCAGACCCUUGCGCCUCUAGCCCUCACAUUGGCCACACACCCACCACCGCGAGUUGUCCUACACCGGCUCGGCGUCGGCACAGGACUACCUUCACGCAGGAGCAGCUGGCAGAAUUGGAAUCGGCGUUCGCAAAAUCUCAUUAUCCUGACAUAUACUGCAGAGAGGAAUUGGCGAGGACCACCAAAUUGAACGAGGCUAGAAUUCAGGUCUGGUUCCAGAACAGAAGAGCGAAAUAUAGAAAGCAAGAGAAACAAUUGCAAAAGGCACUUACUCCGAUACCCGCGUGCCAAGGUGCCAUGAUGAGGAACAUCUAUCCUGGCGCUAGCAGAGGCUAUCAACCCUAUCCACAUCCACACAACAGUAUAAAUGGAAUCAAUCGUUAUCCUCAGAUGGGCACGACGUCUUACCCUAGCAUGACCCAACCCUUUUCCAUGUCACAUUCGGCGUCGAACAUGUCGGCGGUCACCGGUAUGCGACAAGACGCGAUGGGCAUGUCAGCGGAGGACGAAUGGUACAACAAGAGUAUCUCGGCCCUAAGAAUGAACACGGCCCAUCAUCCUAAUCUCGCCGCACCGAUGCUGCAAUAUCAAACAUAAUUGUAAACGUAUACCGCUGUAAAUGUUCACCGACCGAAUAAACGCUAAACACGUCGUCGGACCCAUCGAGAACGAGGACGAGGAGAAAUGGCGACCGUCGUUGAUCGUUACCGAACUCGAAAUCGGAAGAGAGAGAAGUCUACUUAAGAAGGGGAGAAAGAAAGAGAGAGAGAGAGAGAGAGAGAGAAAGAGAGUUGGCUAAAUUUCUUUGCAAAAGAAAAAUUAACAAUUUUUAAACGGAAGAUAUUAAAACACGUGGGUCGCCGAAUUAUUUUUCUCGUUCGAACGUAGCCAACGCGUUCUUUUCUCGAAAUUAAUCGUCCAUAAAGCUCAAAGAUGCAAAUCGAUGAAUAACUGCUAACAAAUAAAUAUCGAGGACGAAUAACUCGACACCCUGUCUCGUCACUCUACGACGCGAAUGUAAGAAAAGAAAAAUGAUAAAAAGAUGUUGAAAAGACAAAGAGAGAAAGAGAGAAAUAUACGAUGGGAGAGAGGGAGGGACGAAGAGGGAAAGAAAAAGGAGGAAAAUGAAAAAGAAAUAAGAUCGUCAUGGUGGAUCACAUUUAGCGCAAAUAAUUUUAUAUACGUACACGAGUUUUCCUAUUCGAUUAUAAUGUACAGUAUAUAGAGCUUCGAUGAUUUUUCCGUUUGCGUGUUCGCUCGAUCGCGUAACGUUUCGUCCGACAAUGAAAGAGAAAACAAAAAAAUAAAUAAAUAAAUAAAAGAAUGAAAAAAGAAAGAGAAAUAAAUAAACGAUCGUAUGUUCGCUCGAAUUUGUAGCUUAGAGACGAAUGAGAGCGUACACGAGAAACGUGGGACGAUUUAAAGAGAAAGCUAAAAAAAAUGAAGACGGAGGAAGAGAGAGAGAUAAAUGAGAAAGAGAAAAAUGAAAACACAGAGAGAGAGAGAGAGAGAGAGAGAGAGAGAGAGAGAGAGAGAAAGAGAGAAAGAUCUUUCGUUAGUUUCUUAACAACGAGAUUAAAAAAAGACAGACUUUCGGUUGAAGGGAGGAGACUCUGGGGAAUUGUAAAUACAUGAAGAGAUAUAGAUAUUACAUAGCGUAAUCACAAACAGCAGAAUAUUCUAGCGUAUGCGAUUUUUCAAUGUCCUUUUAAAAGAAAAAAAAAAAAAAAAAAAUGUAAGCGUACCCUUAGUGAAAUAUUAGGCAUUGAUUUGUGUGCUUAUGUUGACCGGGAUUUUAAAGUAACCGACUAUGAUUGAUAAUGACGAUGAUGCUGAUGGUUUUUUCAGGCGACAUAGGGUCGAAGGGUUGCGGGAGUAGAGCGAAUGGCGGCGAAUAUCGGCAGUGUCGUAAGUUCGAAAUUUGAAAGGCGUCAGGCUUGGAGAGUUGUAGGGACAAAAGUGAUUUAAAUAAAUAAAUAAAUAAAUAAAUAAAUAAAUAAAUAAAUAAGUAAAUAAAUAAAUACAUAAAUACAUAAAUAAAUAAAUAAAUAAAUAAGAAAAAGAAGAAAAAAAAAAAAGAAAAGGAAGAGGAAGAAAAACGAUUCCGUUCCAAUAGCGAACUUUACAUACGAACUUGACGAUUUGCAAACUUCUCCUGACGCCUUUCGUUCGUCAUAUUUGAAGUCUGUCCGAUCAACAAACGUCUAUAUUGGUGUCAUUUUUCAAUAACUGUCUAAUCGAUAUAUCGACUCGAGGACGAAGCUGCAGAUACGACUGCAUUGUUUUCGUGUAGCUCCGCUGCGACCUCUCAUUGAUAUAUAUCGCGCUCGCGCUGUUCCACGCGAAAUGUUCCUAAAAAAAGUUUGUAACAUAUCACACGUAUGAACGUGCACGCGUCAUACAUACACGGUGUGAACGUACGUACGUGCGUGCGUGAGUGUGUACAUCCGUACAUGCGUGCGUGUGUGCGUGCGUCGUGCGUGCAUACAAAUAUACAACAUACAUAUAUACAUACAUAUUACACACGAUCUUUGAAAUACAGAUACACGAUGCACUCGCACAUAACACACAUGUACACUAUAUCCCACGUAUGUCGAGAUGAAAAAAAGGUUUAAACUUAAGUGGAAAUACAUACACAGCGGGCGUAUUAUAGUUUUAAGCAAGGGUCACGUAUUGUACGUAUGUGUUGUACAUAGCCUAAAUAAAAAUUACAUUUAAAACUAA